GCAACAUGAAGGGGCGGGGCAGUUAAUACCAGAGCGGCACCGUUUCCAUGGACACACAUGUAGAUGACUAGCUACCAGUGAAAGUUUUGCAAAGCAAGUUAAAAUACACGUUUCAGAGGAUUCCAGACACUGCAAUGGGAAUAUCAUUGACCAGGUUUGCCCAGUGGACCACAGCCAGCUCCAGUACUGGCAAACUGGAGUUCACACCAAUGAAUGAGUCCUUGUUGAAAGAAAUCCUGCACUUUGUGGAGCACUUUAGCUCCCAACACCCACAGGAAGCUGAACAUGUGUUUGAGGAGCCACUCCAGUGGAGUACCAUUUUAGUGGCAUCUGAUUUCAAAACAGACUACAACAUCAGUGACUCAGAUGUUCAGUCCCAUGAAAAAGAUAGUGAAGGGCAUCCACUGUUGCAGCUCUCUCCUCCGACCGUUUAUGUACGCAGCUUCAGCCAGCUUUCUAAACUGCUUCAUCUGGCAGAUGAUAAGAAGCUGGCGGAGGUUCGGGCAUGUCUAGAAGAAAACAGAGAGCCCAUGGUUAAAAUUCUUGGUAGGAGCAUCGCCUCUGCCCUGGAGAGAGAAACUCUUGCUGAUGUAGUAAGUCUGGCAGACAAAAUGAAGGAGGAGGGCCCAGCCAAGGACUCAGAGGUCAAGGUCAAGCUGUUUCUAUUGUUCCAAAAUGUGGACAAACAGAUCGUUGACAAGCUUCUUAAAGAGAUAUCAGAACCAGACAUGCUGAACUGCAAAGCAGUGAAGAAUGAAGUGGAGCUAUUCAAACUGUUCUGCAGCAAAGGGGAUGAAGGGCUGUUGAAGUCGCUGCAAUACACAUCAGACUUUGAAUUUUCAAAUGGCUGUCGUGCCCCUCCAUGGAGACAGGUUAAAGGUGAGAUUUGCUACCUUGUGGCUGAGCCUUGUGACACUGAGACCCUCUACAUCACCUGCAGCACUGAUGGACUUUUCCUCAAUGGGGGCAUAAAACAGGACGGGGAGGAGAAUGGAUACGAGCGAACAAGUGACACUUACAAAGACCUGGCAACACUUCUGAUGAGCAGAUCUCCACAUUUUGCUGAGAACAUAAACAAGGAGCAUCUGGCUUUCCCCCUUUGCUGGCAGCAUUCUACAUUCCAAGAACUGUCAGCAAAAAAGGAAAAGACUGUGCAUGAGCAAAUACAGGUUCUGCUGUACAAGAUAAGCCACAGGAGGACAUAUGAACCAAGUCCACGAUGGAGGAAUCUUGGUAUCUUGACUACAUGUGGUAAAACAGAGGAAAAUAAAACCCGUAAGAGCUCUGAAGUUGAGAAGAAAAGUCUGACACAAGGAACUAAGAGCAAGAUGAAAGCAGAAUUAUCUGCAUCUUCUUCACCUGGACAACAGUCCUUCCAGAAACUGAAGACCUCAGCAGGAGUCCUUCCAGUGGACCUUUUCAGUGAGAGUUCCACUGAGAGUGAUGAGGAAGAGGAGCAGCCAUAUCGCCAUCCAGAGACUGCCACAGACCUGCCCUCUGAAUACUGGCAAAUCCAGAAGCUAGUGAAGUACCUCAAGGAAGGUGACCAGACAGCCACUGUGCUCACCCUUUGCGCCAUGAUGGACUUCAACUUGAUGCAGGAGUCAUGCCAACUGGCCAUCCAGGACACUGGUGGCCUCAAAAUCCUCCUUAACUUGCUGGAUACAGAUAAAGACAAAUGCAAAACUGGAUCUCUAAAAAUCCUGAGAAAGAUCAGCCACAACUCACAAAUUCGUCAGACUAUUGUUGACAUGGGAGGCGUGCAGACCAUUGUGAAAAUUCUGGACUCACCAGUCAAGGACCUCAAGGCCUUAGCUGCCGAGACCAUCGCUAACGUGGCCAAGUUCCGAAGAGCAAGAAGAGAUGUCAGGUUAAAUGAUGGUAUCAAUAAACUGGUAAAGCUGCUGGACUGCCUCCCGAAUUUAGCCAACCUGACUGCCAGCCAGGAGAAGGAUGUAGAGGUGGCCUGCUGUGGGGCUUUAGCGCUGUGGAGCUGCAGCAGGAGCACCAAGAACAAGGAGGCCAUUCGUAAAGCUGGAGGCAUCCCUCUGCUGGGACGCAUGCUCAAGUCUCCACUACAGAAAAUGCUUAUCCCUGUGGUUGGGACCCUGCAAGAAUGUGCAUCAGAGGAGAGCUACAGGACUGACAUUCAGACUUUAGGCAUGAUCAAGGACUUGGUCAGAAACCUACGCAGUGACAACGAUGAGCUACAAAUGCACUGCGCCAGUGCAAUCUUUAAGUGUGCAGAGGACAAGCAAACUCGUGACCUGGUGCGCAAGUACCAAGGUCUGCAGCCACUGGUCUCAUUGCUGCACAAAGCACACAACAAGCAGCUUCUAGCUGCUGCCACCGGAGCUAUUUGGAAGUGUUCCAUCAGCCAGGAGAAUGUGACUAAGUUUCAGGAGUACAAAGCCUUGGAGAUCUUGGUUAGUCUGCUAACUGAUCAACCUGAAGAAGUCUUGGUCAAUGUAGUCGGAGCCCUGGGAGAAUUUGCUCAGAUACCUGCUAACAAGACUGCCAUCCGUAAAUUUCAAGGCAUCAAGCCGUUAAUUAGCCUGCUCACGAGCCCAAACCAGGCACUGCUUGUGAAUGUAACCAAAGCAGUGGGUGCCUGUGCUACAGACAAGGAUAACAUGGUAAUCAUUGACCAGCUUGAUGGAAUCCGUCUGCUGUGGUCGCUGCUAAAAAACCCCAGUGCAGAUGUUCAAUCUAGUGCUGCAUGGGCUCUUUGUGCAUGCAUUGAGAAUGCAGAGGAUGCAGGGGAAACGGCACGCUCACUCAUUGGUGGAUUUCAACUGCUUGUUAAAAUGUUGAGCUCAACAAACAAGGAAGUUCUGGCAAGUAUUUGUGCCGUCAUCUGCAAAAUAGCCAAAGACGAUGCAAAUCUGGCAAUCCUCACUGAUUACGGGGUCGUCCCAUUGCUGGCCAAGCUGACUAACACAACUGAUGACAGGCUCCGUCGCCAUCUUGCCGAUGCCAUCGCUGAAUGCUGUUGCUGGGGCAACAAUAGGGCGUUGUUCGUUGAGGCUGGAGCCGUGGCCCCAUUUGUGCGUUACCUUAAGUCAAAAGAUGGCUUUGUCCAACGGAGCACAGCCAUGGCCCUGUAUCAGCUGUCGAGGGACCCCAACAACUGCAUUACCAUGCAUGAGACAGGAGUAGUUAAGCCACUGAUCCACAUGAUGGGCUCCACUGCCGAGGAGGUUCAGGAAGCUGCUGCUGCCUGUGUGCGCAACAUCCGACUACUGUUCAUGGCUAACAGGAACGCUGAGUUAUUCACUUAAAUACUGAUCAUAUAUGAUCAUACUGAUCAUAGCUAUAUUCUCUCCCAGACAGUUUUGCAAGAAAAUAAAAUAAUAUAUAAAAAUCAACACAAGGCAAGAUAAAAAGAUAAUAUGUUUGCUCUCCCUUAAGUCCAACUACUGUUAUUUCACUUCUCCCACUUUCUGAUCACAUCUUCUCUGCUCAUAACUUCUGUACAGUCCCUUAUUAGUACAGUACUGUUUAUGUUAACACAGCUGUUAUCUUCUUGUGGUUCACUGAAACUGUUCACCAUUAAUCAUUCAAAUGUACUUUAUCUGAGAAGUUUCAAAUAAAAUGCUUUCUUG